CUUGAGGUCGUAGUCGUUUUCUUUUUUUAGGAAAAGUAUUUCCUUCGUGCGCGUGUGUGUAUCUUUUUAUGUGUAUUUGUGUGCUCCCUUCUUUUAAGUUUAAAAAAAGAAGUCCAAGUGGCUUGCUUGUCCGACCCAGUGUGCAGUGUCUUUACGCUUUAUGUCUGUCUGUGUAUAACAAGAAAUGUUUUUUUGAAUAUUGCAUUUUUUGGAAACUGUGCUGCUGCUGACGACACAACAACAAUACCAACAAGAGUGCGCUUGGAGCACGGUGUGCACCGUAUCUGAAGACAGAGAGCCGAGGAAAACUCAGGUUGCUACUAUGGGUGAUGCUUAGGAAGUAGCAAUAAUUUGCUAAUUACAGCGAACUGAUUUGUGGAAAGAAGCAGUCACACUCCAUUGAAAAGUGCUGUGAGGAAAUAAGCUUGCGAUACAGAAACGUGCUGAUUACAGCCGGAAGUUGUUAUUGGAACUUAUAACCCCAACAAAAACAAUAGCAGCAGCAGCAUCAGCAACUACAACACACAGAAAAGCAAUCGCCGAGAACGAAUUAAAGCGACAAAGAUGGCAGGCGGCUGUAGCGGCAGCCUUAUCGCCAUAUUCUUUGUGCUCACUGUGGUGAGCAGUCUUCACGAGCUGGGAGGAAGCGCCCAGAAAUCCCCACCACAGCAACAUUAUGGCGGUCGUCGAGACCGGCCGCGGAAUCCGCCACGACAGUACAUCAAGACGCAUCCUUGUGAGCGUAGCUCCUGCUACCCGGCCACAGGAAAUCUGCUAAUCGGACGCGAGAAUCGUCUCAAGGCAUCGUCCACGUGUGGUCUGCAAUCGGCGGAGCGUUUCUGCAUUCUAUCGCAUUUGCAGGACAAAAAGUGCUUCCUGUGCGACUCACGCGAGGACACACGAGGCGAUCCGCACAAGAAUCAUCGUAUUGGCCAGAUCAUAUAUAAAACCAAGCCAGGCACUAAUGUGCCCACCUGGUGGCAGUCGGAGAAUGGCAAGGAGAAUGUGACUAUUCAGCUGGACUUGGAGGCAGAGUUUCAUUUCACGCAUUUGAUCAUCACAUUUACGACCUUCCGUCCGGCGGCCAUGUACAUUGAACGAUCCUUCGACUUUGGCCAGACAUGGCAUGUGUACCGUUACUUUGCCUACGACUGUGCCGAUUCGUUCCCCGGCGUCCCCACCGUCCUGCGUAAUAUCACCGACGUAAUGUGCACAUCACGCUAUUCGCACGUGGAACCGUCGCGAAAUGGAGAGGUAAUCUAUCGCGUACUGCCGCCGAAUAGCAAUGUGCCCGAUCCCUAUGCGGAACAUGUGCAGAACUUGCUGAAGAUGACCAAUUUACGGAUCAAGAUGACAAAGCUGCACAAGCUGGGCGACAAUUUGCUCGACAAUCGACUUGAGAACGAGGAGAAGUACUACUAUGGUAUCAGCAAUAUGGUGGUGCGCGGUUCCUGCUCCUGCUACGGACAUGCCUCGCAGUGUCUGCCACUCGACAAUUCAGUGGUGACCAACGACUAUGACAUGGUGCAUGGUCGUUGCGAGUGCACGCACAACACGAAAGGUCUCAACUGCGAGAGCUGCGAGGACUUCUUCAACGAUAUGCCCUGGAAGCCAGCCUUCGGCAAACAGACGAAUGCAUGCAAAAAAUGCGAAUGUAAUGAUCAUGCCGUCAGAUGUCACUUUGAUGAGGCCGUCUUUGAAUCUUCGGGACGUGUUUCGGGUGGCGUUUGCGACAGUUGCAUGCACAACACGCAGGGCCAACAUUGCGAGGAGUGCUUGCCGUAUUUCUAUCGCGAUCCCGCUGCAGAUAUUCGUAGUCCUCACGUUUGCAAGCCCUGCGAUUGUGAUCCCAGUGGUGCGCUCGACGAUGGCAUUUGCGAUUCGGUCAAUGAUCCGGAGAAUGGUGUUGAGGCCGGAGCCUGUCACUGCAAGCCCAAUGUUAAGGGGCGUCGUUGUGAUGCCUGCAAGGAUGGUUACUGGAAUCUAGAUCCACAGAGUCCCGAGGGCUGCGAGGCCUGCACCUGCAACAUUCUGGGUACCAUCGACAACUCCGGCUGCAAUAUGUACAGUGGAGAGUGUACUUGCAAGCGUCUUGUCACAGGCAAGGAUUGUAAUCAGUGCGCACCCGAGACCUUUGGUCUUUCAGAGUCACCGGAUGGCUGUAACAUGUGCGAGUGCGAUGCGGGAGGAUCAUACGACAAUUACUGCGAUGUGAUCACCGGACAGUGUCGCUGCCGCCCGCACAUGAUGGGCCGCACUUGCUCCCAGCCCAAUCAGAACUACUUCAUACCGCAAUUGCAAGUCAUACACGACGCGGAGGGCUCUGAUCUGUGCAUCUCAUAUACAAACAAUGGAAACUGCAGCGUAGUGCCUCAGCAGGCAAGUCCAGAUCGUCCGGCCGACUUUACGGGCAUUGGUUACACACGAAUGCCUGAGAACUCGGAGCUUAUAAUCCAUGUGGAUGAUAUUCCACGCUCAAUGCCCUACGAUGUAGUCAUUCGCUACCAGGUGACAACGCCCGGAGAUUGGGAAGAUGCGUUCAUUACUCUGGUACGUCCCGAUGAGGUGGAUCCCCAAGGUGAAUGUGCGGGCUCUGUACGGCCUGGCGAUGACAUACGUGAGUCACAUAUUCCAUUUAGCUUACCUGAUCGCGAUAGACAGGUUGUGGCGCUCCAUAAUGUUUGUUUGGAAGCUGGCAAGCUGUACAAAUUCAAAAUCACUUUUGAGCGCCGUCGCCAUAAUGAAGACAACCCCACGGCCACCAUACUGAUUGAUUCGCUGACUUUGAUUCCACGCAUUGAAGUUACUCCGGUACUCUCAGGUUCCCCAUUAUCCGAUACACGCCUCUCCGAAUACUAUAGAAACAAUUGCAAUCAGUCGCUAUAUGAUAUACGUUACAUGCAUCUGACUCCGGACCGCUGUCGCGAGCUCGACAACUAUCUGAGCACGUACAUUCACGAUGGUGCCAGCAUGUGCAACUGCAAUCCGACGGGUUCCUUGAGCAAGGAGUGCGAUAGACAAGGCGGCUUCUGUCAUUGCAAACCUAAUGUGGUGGGUCGCCAAUGCGACCAGUGUGCUCCAGGCACCUACGGUUUUGGCCCGGAGGGUUGCAAGGCCUGUGACUGCAACAGCAUUGGAUCCAAGGACAACAAUUGCGAUCUGCUGACUGGCCAAUGUGUCUGCCAUCCGAAUACCUAUGGACGUGAGUGCGAUGAGUGCCAGCCCGGUUACUGGAAUUUCCCCAAUUGUCAGGCCUGCGAAUGCAAUGGACAUGCGGCUCAGUGCGACGCGAAAACGGGUCAAUGUCUGAAUUGCCAGGAUUCCACGACAGGCUAUGGUUGUGAUUCCUGCCUGGACGGGUACUAUGGUAAUCCGUUCCUGGGUAGCGAGAUCGGCUGCCGCCCUUGUCGUUGCCCCGACACUGUCGCCAGCGGCCUGUCCCACGCGGACAGUUGCUCCCUGGACACUCGCAACAACAACAUGUUGUGCCACUGCAAAGAGGGCUAUGCAGGAGCCCGCUGCGAGAUCUGUGCCGACAACUACUUUGGAGAUACUGAUGCGGGUGGUAGUUGCGAAAAAUGCGACUGCAGCAACAACAUCGAUCCCUACGAUACCGGCAACUGCGAUCGUGAGACGGGCCAGUGCCUGAAGUGUCUCUACGAAACGACAGGCGAUCACUGCGAGCUCUGCCGCGAUGGUUUCUUUGGCAAUGCCCUGGAGCAGAAUUGUCAGCGAUGCGAUUGCGAAUUAUUGGGCACUAAUGCGACAGUGACACACUGUGAUCGGUAUACUGGCCAAUGUCCGUGCUUGCCAAAUGUGAAGGGACUGCGUUGUGAUGAGUGCGCCGUAAAUCACUGGAAAAUUGCAUCCGGAGAGGGUUGUGAGGCAUGCAACUGUGAUCCUAUUGGAGCGCUGGAGGAGCAAUGUCAACCCUAUACGGGCGAGUGCAGGUGUAGGCCGGGCUUUGGUGGACGGGCCUGCAAUCAGUGUGAGAAGAACUACUGGGGUAAUCCGAACGAGAAGUGCCAGCCUUGCGAAUGCGAGCCUUAUGGUGCUGCUGACUUCCAGUGUGAUCGUGAGACGGGUCAAUGUGUUUGUCAUGAGGGCAUCGGGGGCUACAAGUGCAAUGAAUGUGCUCGCGGCUACCUUGGACAGUUCCCCCACUGCGCGCCUUGCGGCGAAUGCUUCAACAAUUGGGAUAUGAUACUGAGUGCCCUAGAAGAAGCCACCGAAGCAACCAUUCAACGUGCUCGUGAGAUCAAGCAGGUGGGCGCCACUGGUGCCUACACCGCUGAGUUCAGUGAGCUGGAUAAGAAGUUGCAAAACAUACGCUAUUUGCUGCAGAACAAUACAGUGAGUCUGCAGGACAUUGACAAUCUAGACGCCGAAGCUUCAGAGCUGAAGAAGAAGCUUGCCCAAUCACAUAAGCGUCUGGACGAAACCGAAAUAAAUCUAAACGACAUAUAUAAUUCCCUUGCCCUGUCCGCAGUGGAACUGGAAGGUCUGCAAAAUCAUUCGCAGCUCGUGAAAAAGCUGUCUAAUGACCUCAAGAAUAAAGGCAUAAAGUUGCAGGAGUCGAACAUCGAGGGUGCACUUAAUCUGACACGCAAUGCCUACGAAAGGGUCACUGAUCUGAGCGCUCUUAAGGAUGAGGCUCGCGAUUAUGCGGCUAAUACUGAUCGCAACUGCAAACGCGUAGAGGGCCUGACCAAUAAGAUUUCAAACGAAACAGACGAAACGGCAGCAAACGACCGUACGAUCGAUGAGUACCGCAGCAGACUUACCGAACUGACCCUUUCCAUUCCCGAGCUGAACAACGAGGUGUGUGGCAAGCCAGGGGAUCCCUGCGACAGUUUGUGCGGUGGCGCCGGCUGCGGCAAAUGCGGCGGUCUUUCUUGCGAGCAUGGAGCUCGUACUCGUGCCGCGGAGGCCCUCAAAGUAGCCAAGGAUACUGAGGAAGCCAUAACGAAAAAGAAAGACCAGGCUGAUCAGACCAUACGAGCACUUACGCAAGCCAAGGUUAAUGCUUCAGAAGCCUAUCUGAAGGCCAAGAGUGGCUUCGAAGAGGCCGAGCGUUAUCUGAACAAAACCGAGGGCAACAUCAAGGUGGCCAGCGCGCUGAUCAAUAAUUUAAACAAUUUCCAGAACAACAAAACAGCCUUACCUAGUGAGAGCAAGAAAUUAGCGCAGGAUACACUCCAGCUGGAUCUCAAGCUCGAUCCCAACGAAAUUGAUUCUCUGGGCGUGAAGAUAAACGAUGCCGUAUCUUCGCUCAAGGACGUUGAGUCCAUAAUUUAUAAGACGCGCCACGAUUUGGAUCUCGUUAACAGAUUGCAGAGCAACGCCAACGCCACAAAGGCCACUGCCAACGAUAUUUUGGAGCGGGCCAACACAGUGGUACAAAACCUCGAUGCGGCCGAUGAGUCACAGGCCAAGGCACAGGAUGCCAUUAAGCAGGCGAACAGCAACAUCGAAUUAGCCGCAAUGGAUCUAGAGAAAAUCGAUCUGGUGACCAAUGAAGCUGAGGAACCAGCCAAUGCCACGGCCGCGCAGGUCGAGGAUUUGGACAAGAAAGCCAAUCGCCUGCAGAAGAACAUGUUCAAGAACGAAUUGGAUGCCAAGGAGAUCAAAAAAGAGGCGAAUCGUGUCAAAUCCGAGGCGAUGCGGGCUCGCGGUGAGGCCAGCAAUCUGCAAUCCUCCACCUCGGCAACCAAUCAGACGCUCACAGAUCGUGCCAAUCGCUCCGAGAAUGCUCGUGAGCGUGCCAAGAAAUUAUUGCAACGCGCCUCCAUAUUGACCGUCGACACUAACGAAAAGAUGAACGAGUUGCAACAGCUUCAGGCCAUAUACCAGGACAAGCAGAGUUUGCUGGAAAAACUGCAGAAUAACAUCAAGCCCUUAAGCGAUCAGCUCACGCUUUAUCUGGCCAACAUUCAGGAGAAUGCUGAACGCUAUCGACAGUGUGUUAGCGUCGGAUAGUCUAAGAAAAACGCUAAUGCUGGUCUAGCACUUGGCCUUGUCCACCAUUGCCAUAUUCAUGAACAAAAGAGCAACAAAGUUAAUGUUUAACACCGUUAAGAAGUAACCGUUACGUUUUUUACUCUAAGCCGAAACUGCAAUGUAAAUUUAUAUUUUCAUGUAUUGCGCCUUCUUAUAGUGCCAAAUCUUUUCCGAUACAAAUCUUCCUAAAAAUGUAUAUGAUAAAUUUGUGUGUAAUGUAGCCCAGCACUAAAUGCUAAUAAAUAAAUACCUAACUACUUAAA